CAAAGACAUGAAAAUUACUAAGGGCAAGAUCUGCCGAAUGCAGUGGAUGUAAAACACAAAGAAUCGAUGGGUGGCAAAUCUCAGAUCCACCAAAGCAAAGGUGUGAAACCGGUGGUACAUGAAUGCCAUUGUUUCAGGAAAAAUUGCGAUGCUGCUUUUCGUCGUAUGUUUGCUGCCUCUAGUGAUGACCGCGCCACUCGAUUCACAAAUGAUCAUCGAGACACCUUCAAAUUUAAUUCUGGAUGUCCGUAACGGCACCCUAACAGACGUUCGAUUUAUCGAAGGUUCAAAUAAUACGGUAGUAGACAUGUCAAAUUUUUCUCUUCGUGGAUUGGAAAAAACCGCUUUCGACAAUGUGCUCGAUGUAGAGUCGCUCAUUUUGGCCAACAAUUCGUUAACUUCUCUGCCGGAGUUUGUCUUUUCCAAUUUAUCAAGAUUGAGGAGCCUGUCAUUGUCGGGCAAUCAAAUAUCGAACCUACGAAAUUUGUUUGUCGGUCUGAAGAAUUUGCAAUUGUUGGAUAUCUCCCGUAAUCUCUGUGAACGCUUCUGGAGAGGAGAUCUGGUUGGUCUCACCAAAUCCGUCAAGAUUCUCACCAACGAAAAUAAAUUCCAGAUGAUCAGCAGGGGUAUGUUUGCUAAUUCCUCCUUUGAGAAAGAGAAGCCGACGCGAUUAGUGGCGACAACGGAACACGAGAUGAAUUUUGUGCAGAACAAUCAGGACGAAAAGGAAAGAAAAAAUGAACACUGCGCGGAGGAACGCGAUGCAGAAGAGUUAAAAUCUCAAGAGAUCGUUACGAGUCUUAACGAAGACACUCGAAUAAAAAUAUGCAAAACGGACGGCAUUGUGACAACGUUGGCGGUUAUUGAGAAAGAUGAAGAUCUUAUUGAAGAAUGCGUUCAAGUAUUUGUCAACUUAGUUAAGAAGCAAGUGGAUCUUAGGGAGCAGGAUAUUCGAGGUUUUCAAGAGAAUUGGUAUCAGUUGCAAUUGCUGCCAAUUUUUUCAUUGGAUCUGUCGAGUAACAAUAUCACCGAGAUUAUAAAAGAGACGCUGAACAGUUUGCCGGUUGAUCUGACGUAUGUGAACCUUCUAGGCAACAAUAUCCAUAGAAUCCGUAGUCAAGUGAUCGAAAACUAUUACCUGAAGGCCAUUAACCUUAACAACAAUCUGAUCGACGAAAUUGAAGAGGAUGCAUUUGGAAGAACAAACUUACGGGAAUUAUAUGUAGACAGUAAUCAGUUGAAAAGUUUCGACUUUGUCUCCAGUUUACCAGACACUUUGAGGAAAUUCGUCGCGAGCGGAAAUUACAUAGCGUCAAUUCCUAACGGUGUUUUCUCCAAGUUCUCGUGUCUGGUCUCCCUAAAUCUCGACUACAACGAAAUCAAAGCAUUACAGACUGAUGUUUUUCAAGGUUUAAAAUCUUUGCAAAUGUUGCGUUUGAGAGGCAAUAAUGUAAUGACCAUCGAGCUUUCCGCUUUUAGAGGUCUGACGGCUCUCCGGACGAUCGAUCUACAGGGCAAUUCUUUACGCGAACUGCCGAAAAACAUCUUUGCCGAUCUGACGUCUCUGUCGCAACUAGAUCUCACUAAUAACAACAUCACGAAAGCUAUGUUCGCCGAUCUUCCGUCAUCCGUUGGCUCAUUGCUCCUUGAUUAUAAUAAUAUUGAAGUGCUCGAGGAAGACAAUUUUGUUCGAGUCCCGCAAGUCACGUUGUCAUUAACUGGAAACAGAAUCGCAAAAAUAAAACGCGGCGCUUUCAAACUACCUACACUUGUGUAUCUGUAUUUGGAUAAAAAUCUCUUGACAACCAUUAAAGGCGAUAGCUAUGAAGGUUUGGGUCGGUUAAAGCUCCUCUCGCUCUCGGAAAAUAAGAUAUCAGAGAUUCGCAAGGGCGCUUGCAACAAUCUGGGCAGUCUUGCUCUGUUGGACAUAUCUAAAAAUCCAUUUGAAAAGUUAGAAAAUGGCGCUCUUCACGGCCUUAACACCGAUUUUCGUACUAGAUUGUACAUUCGCGCAAAUAAUUUGAAAGAGAUACAAGGAGGUGUUUUUGAUGAUCUUUAAUAAAAUCUGUAUUAUUCUUUAAACCGUAAGUAAAACACACCUUUAUGAUUUACAUUACUGCACAGU